GUGGAGAGGGGAAAGGAAUCUUUGUGUUUGUGAGAAGUCGACGUACUUUAACCACAGAGUGCUGUGCAAUGAUGAAUGUCUCGCUGGGAGAGAGAGGAAGGGGAAACUACUAGUGCUUCUGGCAGUCUCAGAGUUAUUUGUAGAAAGCAUGUCAAUGUGUUACCUGCUUUUCAGAGGCACAUGCACCUCUGUUAACAUCUUAGUAGACACUCAGGAGUAAGACAGGACCUGAAGGAGACACACGGAGUGAGGGAGUCUGUGGGUCACCACUGCUUUUGGGACCUCUUGCACAGUGUGGGACCAUCUGCACAAUGGGUUCAGUUAUGUGAGCUACACAACUAGCGUGUCGUCCAGCGAGCUGUAGUGAGGCAGGUUGGGCAUGAGCAGGGGUAUUCUGGGUUUGUACUGCAGUAUGGACGGCUCCCAGCGCUAUCAGACCAUCCCGUCCCGCUGCUCGGUAUGUGGGCGGUACACACGCAGAGCGUCCUUCUCCUUGGUCCGCAUCUCGGUCGGGGAAAUGGAGACAUACCAUCAUUUGCUGAAAGUGUGUCUGGAGACUGAAUUAGCAUCGAGGAGAAAUGAGAUUAUGCAGCAGGAGAUCAGGCCGUUACUGGCAGUCGACAUAAUUGAACAACUUCACAGGCAGUUUGCUCUUCUUUCAGGAGGAAGAGGAAAAGAUGGAUCUCCCAUCAUCACCUUCCCAGAGUUCUCAGGUUUUAAUGAGGUGUCAGAUGAGGAUUUUGUUAAUGUUGUCACAUACCUGACGAGCAUACCAAGCAUGGAUGCUGCUAGCAUUGGCUUCAUCAUCAUCCUGGACCGCAGGAAGGACAGAUGGAACUCAGCAAUCACUUCUCUGGCACGGAUAGCGGGCUCCUUUCCAGGAAAUCUCCAGCUUGUUCUGGUUCUGAAACCUUCACGUCUCCUCCAGAGGGCCAUCGCUGAUUUCAGUAUGCGGUUACAUAGGGAUGACUUCAAAUUGAAGGUACCGAUUGUUAUGCUAAAUUCCCUGUCAGACUUGCAUGGCUAUAUUGAAAAAGGCCAGCUGACCUGUGACCUGGGGGGAACCCUGGACUAUUGCCACAGUCAAUGGAUUCACCAUCGUACAGCCAUUGAGAACUUUGCGUUAACAGUGAAGAGCACAGCACAGAUGCUGCAGCAGUUUGGAACUGACCUAGCAGAAACUGACUCAAGGUAUUUCAUGCUGGUUGUAAUUUCGUCAUAUGAUUUGUUUAAGGAUGAGCUGAAAUUGGCUAUAAAGCAAGGAAAUACUCUGUUGUCUUGUAUCAAAGACCAGGCCAGCAAAACCGAGAGCCACAUUUUGAACCCAGAUGAGGUAGAGAACCAAACAACCGUUGAGAGGUUGUUAGCGCAGCUCGAUGAGACGGAGAAUGCGUUUGAACAGUUCUGGUCAAGGCAUCACCUCAAAUUAGAGCAGUGCUUACAGUUACGGCACUUUGAACAGGACUUCAGAGAGGUGAAAGUUUCUCUGGAUGGCCUGAUGGAGACCUUGCUGGGCCUGUCUGACACCGGGGACUGUGUGGCUCGGGUGGAACAUCUAUUAGCCGAUCUGAAAACCUUGGAGGACAAAGCUCAGGAGUCCUUGGAGAAAGCUCAGCUUCACGCUCAGCAUGGUGACCAGCUCAUUCAAAGUAACCACUACGCCUUGGACUCCAUUCGGCCGAAGUGUGUCGAACUGCGUCGGAUCUGUGAUGAUUUCAGCAAUGGGGCCAAAAAGAAACGUGACAUUCUAACCAAAUCACUUGAAAUCCACAAACGCAUCGACGAGGUGAACCAGUGGUGUGAGAGUGGAGUUUAUCUGUUGGCCUCUCAGGCUGUAGAUAGAUGCCAGACCCAGGAAGGUGCAGAAGGAGCGCUGCAGGACAUCGAGUGUUACAUGAACACAGCCAAAGAGCAGCAGCUCAGUCACCUCAAAGACCUCAGCAGCCAGUAUGAGAUCAUCCUCUCAGAGCUGGUCAAGAUCAAAGCUCAAACUGCUCUGAAAAGAUUGGAUGACGUUCAAGAGAUGUUUGAGAAAAGACACACUAGUCUGAAAAAGCUGUCUGCAAAGCAAACAAGGCCAGUGCAACCUGUUGCACCUCGACCAGAAUCUUCACCAAAACGCACCUCACCUAAAACUCCACAACCCACUGCACCUACAUCAAAUCGCAAAGCUACAGAAAACUCCAGCGCCAGUAAACAGCCCAGUGACGCAGAGCUGGCAAAACGGAAGAAUAUUCGCAAAGCCAAAGGUGGCAUCAAGAUUGAAGUCAUGCAUGAAGGAGGACAAGGGGGUUUGAGUCAUGUUCUUAUGAGCAAUGAAACAGAAGAGUCACUUUCAAACAGACGCAGCCACAUAAUGAAUGAAUUGAUUGAGACGGAGAGGCUGUAUGUUGAAGAGCUGCAGAGCAUUAUAGAGGGAUAUGCCGCAGCACUGGAUGAUCCCGAGCUGUUCUACUUGAUCCCACCAUCUUUGGAAAACAAGAAGGAAGUACUCUUCGGAAAUCUGCCUGAAAUCUACAAAUUUCACCAGAAGGUUUUUCUCAAAGAGUUGGAAAAUUCUGCAGAAAAGCCGGAGUUAGUAGGAACAUGUUUUUUGAAGCAGAAGGAAGAAUUGCAGAUUUAUGAGAAAUAUUGUCAGAAUAAGCCACGAUCUGAGGCUUUGUGGAGGCAGUGUGGAGACAGUUUGUUCUUUCAGGAGUGUCAGAAAAGGUUGGACCACAAGCUUUCAUUAGAUGCAUAUCUGCUCAAGCCUGUGCAGAGAAUCACUAAGUACCAACUGAUGUUAAAGGAGAUGCUGAAGUGCAGUAAGAACUCAGAAGGCACCGCAGAGCUGGAGGAAGCUCUGGCCACAAUGCUGGACAUCAUCAAAUCAGUCAAUGACUCCAUGCAUCAGAUCGCCAUUACUGGUUUUGAGGGCAAUCUGAAUGAUUUGGGAAAACUGCUUAUGCAGGGGUCGUUUAAUGUUUGGACAGACCAUAAGAAAGGUCACAGUAAAGUGAAGGACUUGGCGCGCUUCAAACCCAUGCAGAGACAUCUCUUCCUCUACCACAAAAUGCUUUUGUUCUGCAAGAAACGAGAGGAGACAUCUGAUGGUCAUGAGAAAUCCCCUUCCUACAGUUUCAAGCACUCAUUAAAGAUGAGUUCAGUGGGAAUCACAGAAAAUGUCAAGGGAGACAUCAAGAAGUUUGAAAUCUGGUACAAUGGCAGGGAGGAAGUUUACAUCGUUCAGGCACCUUCGAUGGAAGUGAAGAACACGUGGGUUUCAGAGAUCCGCAAAGUCUUAACAAGCCAGUUGGAAGCCUGCCGAGGUAUUUCUGGGCAAAUCUCCCCUUCACACGAUCUCAGUCUCAUAAAAACUUGUCUAACUUGCUAUAAACUACCCUGGAGAAAACAUGAUUUGCCAUGUAAAACCAAAAUUAUUUGUAAACUCCCAAUGGGGUCACUAAAUAUACGCAAGACAGCUCUUCGGCAGUCUGACUCUUCCAGUCCAGAAACUGGCUACAGGCGUAGUGAUACAGGCCCAAAUAUGCGUCACAAAAGAGCUGACGCUUCAGCCAGCCUCGGCUCAGAGCGAUCUGCUCUCACUAGAAAGCGCUUCACCUUACAGGGCCUGUCAAACCGCAGGUCUCUCCCCGCAGAACCCACGCCUAAGGAGACAGAGGUUACACGCCGCUUUUCUUUAGCCUCAACUGUCAGCUCCGUCUCUGCACCUCGCACUAAAGUUCCUCUCUCCUCUAGUCUUAAGAGCAAGAGGCAUCAGGUCAAGAGCGACCCUACACCGUUUGGCUAUGAAGGUACCACAUGGACUGCACAGCAUAAAAUCCCCACACACACAACACGAGAUGCACACCCCACACAGAGAAAAAGUAAAGGUACCGCCGGUACAAAGCCCGCUGUGCCAAGGUCUGCAUCUCAACCAGGAUGGAGUCAACGGCGUCUGCCAUCAAUGGAUGCUGAAGAUUUUGAGACCAUUCCAUCAAGUGCCGAAGAACUCUCCAUAUCCUCAGAUGGAGAGGAUGAAGGAAAUAACAAAAAUGGGGAUAAUGGUCGCUAUCAAGUGCAGCUUACGUACGAGUCAGGGACCACCCAGGAUCUUUCUGUCGAAGCGGGAGAUUUAGUACAGUUCCUAGAAGAGUCGGAGAAUGGCCACUGGCUAGUCAAGAACCUUAAAACUCAGAAGACAGGACUGGUGCCACCCACUGUCCUGCAGUCCACAGCAGAGGGAGUAGACCUUUACAGUAACUCUGAUAUUUUCAGUGAGCUCUGCACCGCUGCCCUCACCGAUACAGAGGAGGCAGACGACAGCACCGGGCCGCGUCCCGCUCAGGACGGCAGAUUUGCAUGCUGAACAUGCUGCAAUGUGUCCUCGCUUUCCAUAGCAUCAUGCUUUACAUCAUACUCGACAACAACUCGAUAUUCUAUUCUUUGUAAUACUACACAGACAUCUGCUCUGCCAGAGGAGCAGGUGAACUGACCGAUCAGAAUGGAUUCCAGUCAUUUCUGGCCUUUUCCAGCGCUGACGUGACAUUGACAAUAUUCUGUAGUUGUGAGUCAGAAAUUCAGCAUGCAGCCUUCGUUCUUUCACUCUGCUGUGCCUUAGCAGCAACUGCAGGGGUAUUUGAAAAGAAGUAUCUGGAUCUCUGUGAACACCGGACGCCGAUAUCUGCACCGAGGUUGCUAUUUGAAAACACUGAGAGGAAGAGACUCUAGACCAUUCUGUCCUGCUGAGACUUUCACUGAAAUGCUUUUAAAGGGAUAGUUCACCCCAAAAAAUGAAAAUGUUGUUAUCAUUUACUCACCCUCAAGUUGUUCCAAACCUGUAUGAAUUUCGUUCUUCUGUCGAACACAAAAGAAGAUGUUUUGAAGAAUGUUGCUAACUAAGCCAUUGCUGGUACGAAGCUUUACUAUGAAAGUCAAUGGCUGCCUUUUUGGGGUGAACUAUCCCUUUAAAUAUACUUGAUUGUUUUUUUGUUUUGUUUUUUUAAUAGCUUGUUUGCUUAUGAGACUGUUGGUCAGAAACACAGCACUUUUAAAGAUUUAAUAUUCUCUAGUGUAAUGUACAAUAUUUAUACUCUCUUUUAUAUUCAGACAUGAAAGUUGUAUAAGCAAUCUGUAAAGCUUCGUUCCUCUGCUGUUUGUAGAGCUGAAUAUCUUUCAUCCUCUUCAAAUAUUUGUGUCUACUUGAUAUAUUCAUCUCUAUCAUGGUCUGCUUGUACAAAAAUAAUCUCGAAAGGUAAUAAAAAUGUGGACUGUUUACUCUGGAGAUGUUUUAAAAUGUAUUUCAGAAAAUGUGAUCGCUGUAGCAUAAAUAUUCCAGCUGUACUGUAAAAGCAUCUGACACUAUUAUUUUACAGUAUUGCUCAUGGAUGUUGUCAGUUUGUGAUGAAAAGAAUACAGAAAUCUGAUGUACUGUAUCCUUCUGGCUUUGACAUGAAGAACUGGAUGACAGUUUGACAGUGAAUGUAGUAAUGAUGCCAAAUGUUUUGUCUCAUAACUGCCAAUAUACACUUACGAUUGUUAUUUAAAGAUGGUGUAGUUCAAUAACUUUCCAAAAUCAACCCGAGUUUCUUUAUUUGUUUGUAUGUACAUUUCUAAGCACAACGAUUGAUAGUGAAUGCAGAUGUGAUUCUUGGUAGUAUCAUCCUGUUCAUAUGUAUGUGAAUAUGUUGCUUUUCACAACUUCCUUAUGGGCAAUAUUACAGCUGAUGUGAAUAUGUAUUACAUAUGUACAUUUCCAAAUGCACAAUGAAAUACAUUCAUUACAAAACAAUGUCUAUGACUUUGCAUAUGAGACUAUUAAACCUCAACCAAAACAA